AUGGUACCUAUAAGUUGCCCAUCCGAGGGGUAUUCUCAACCAUUCUUAAAAGCGGAGGCUGGACAGGCCAAAUUGUACAUCAGACCGCUACAAAAUAAUCUUGAAACAACACCAGCCAUCACUAUUACCACUCCAUCCGAAAUGGCAAGCACAAUUUCAGCUAUAAAUAAUGCUCCCAAAGAAAUCUGUGGUCAGUGCCAUGUUGAAAUUCCGUUUUCCCUGCUGAAAGAACAUAUCGAAACAUGUAAAGGCCUUGAUAUAGAUGAUGAGGAAAGUGAUGGGGGUGUAAUUGAGAGUCCUGCAAGAAGUACAUCUACAAUGAGGCAGACAUCAAAUACACACAGAUGUAAUCAUUCAAAUGAUCAGAGCCAAACCAUUUCUGCAAGAAAUUGCAACACUACCACUAGUUCCUCCACUUCAUUAUCAAUGGCUUUUAACAGGAGUUACUCACAGAUAUUUGAUAGUGCAGGGUGUAUUGAAUCUCAAGAAGAUAAUGUUGCAGAAGAAGAAAACACAGUGGCUAACAACACUACAUUGUACCCAAGAUGUACUCUGGAAUAUGCUGUCACAUUACUAAGUCACCAUGUGGUGGAUCGAAUACAUAUGGACUACAAUAAAAACAAUGGUGAUGAUUAUGAUGAUCAGGACUAUCAACGUGUGAAUAUUUUAAGGUCAACGUUCUGGAAAACUGCUGUUAGAGCCAUAAAUCGACCAGAUUUCCUCCCAAACAAAUUAAUUAAAGUGUCAUUCAUUGGAGAAAGUGCAGUGGACGAUGGGGGGCCCAGAAGGGAAUUUUGUAGUUUAUUAAUAAAUUCUGUAAAAACCUGUGGCGUGCUUGAAGGCAAGGAAAACAAUCUGAGCUUUUCUCAUGAUUUGCGCUUUCUUGCUGAAAGAAGAUAUUUCACUGCAGGAAAGAUGGUUGCUAUAUCUCUUUGCCAUGGUGGUCCCGGAUUACACUGUUUGAGCCAAGCAACAUUCCAAUAUAUGGCAAGAGGGUGUGUAGAACAACCGAUAGCCAUUGAUGAAAUUCCAGAUUAUGACAUACAGCUGAUAGCCAAACAGAUCCAGUCUAGUGAGACUAAUGAGGAACUCAGAAUAGCUGUAUCGCGUAUUGGAGAAGAAAGUGUCGCUAAUAUCACAGGAUUUACAGAUCCGAUGAGUACAAUUACAUUGGAUAUGAAGGCUCCCAUUCUUGAAAAUCUCACUACACAUCACUGUGUUUAUAAAUCCAUACCUGAGAUAAACCAAUUUUUAGAUGGAAUGAAUGUUCUGCACAUAGCAGACUUGGUAAAGGCCGAACCAGGAUCUAUGGAGCACUUCAUGUGCUUGAGUAAAAAGCUACUCCCAUCAGCUGACUACUUAAAAUCAAUCCAUGUGGAAUAUAGUCCAAGUGGCUCAAAUAAAAGGAUAGAAGAAGAAACUACCAUCUACUAUUGGUUUGAAUUUAUUGAUGAAUGUGCUAAAGGUAAUCAGAAGGCAUGUUUGUUUGCUGGGAGUGAUAAUCAACCCAUAGAAGUAGUCAUAACACUUGGUGACAUUUUCGCAUUCUUCACUGGCACUCAUUCAAUUCCCCCUUUAGGUUUCACAGAAAGUCCAUCCAUAGAAUUUAUCACAAACUCUACUGUUCCAAGCUCAAAUACAUGUGCCAAUAUUCUGCGAUUACCUAGAAAUUUCAGUUGCAUAGAAGAUUUUUCGGAGAGAUUUACGUUUGCUUUAUCAAAUUGUCGUGAUUUUGGCAAUGUCUAG